AUGUCAGAAAGAGCAUUAUCGGAGAGGCGAAAUAGCCUGUCACCGCCUACACCUACAAAGAGGGAGACCGAGGAUCCAGGCGCUCAUGACUUAGCUUCUGAUUCCGAGGAGCACUUCUCUGAUGCUCAGUCGUCGCAAUCUGGUUCUCCAACGUCGCCAAUCCCAAGGACAAGAGUCGAGAAAGUCGACGACAAGCCAGCGUACGGGGAAGUCCCUGGUACCAGCGCCUAUCGUUUGAGGGAGGGAGAUGCCGCGCCAGACGAAAUCGCCAUCAUCCCCGACCCGGACAGCAGUGACACAAAAGUCGAGGAGUCGGAGAACCAGGAGGCGCGGCCCCUGACUCCCGGCGGCCACCCCAUUCCGAAAACGGUGGUGGAGGAGACGCCCGAUGAUACGCAUGCCGUGACACACCCCGAGGUUGAGGAGAAGCACAAGGCGGAUCCGCCUCCGGACUUGGUCCUCAAGGCCGACGGCGAGAGGGUGGGAGAUGACGGGGUUGUUCCUGAUACUCCAAUAUCACCUUCUUUAAAACCUCCCGCCUCACCUCGAUCAGUAAGGAAGAGGAAAUCAUCUCUUGCUCUCCAAAAGCUUCCUUUAUCACCAACUUCUCUUGCGCCUCACAAUUCUGCAUCUGGCUUCGGCAGUGGCAGUGAGAACGUUGACUACAGUGGUAAUAAUAAUAAUGACGAUGAAGAGGACGGCUUUGGGGAUGAUUUCGAUGAUUUCGAAGAGGGAGACGAAGAAGGCGACUUCGACGACUUCGACAACGACUUUCAGCAUGUCGAUACGGAAAAUUCAUCAGCUCCAGUUGCGGCGCCAGAUCAAAUCCCUUCGACUUCUCUGCCACCUCCACGGGCGCCCUCCUCUUUCAUGCCCCUUCCGAUACUCGACUUUGAAGACCUCGAUGCGGGCGAGAUAUUCGCCGCCACAGAACCUUACCUAGAGGCUCUCUUCCCAUCAAGUGACGGCGCACCGAAGUUGCUACCAUCCCUCUCCAGCAAGGAAAACCCCAUCUUCUUGACGCCCCGUAGCGCGUCGCUGUGGUCACAGUUGGUUGCCCCUCCACCGCUACAGCCUCCCGACUGGAUAAGAUCGCGGAUCAGGCGGUUGUUCCUGGUGUCCUUGGGAGUGCCCGUGGACCUGGACGAGAUUCUGCCCGCCUCCAAGCAGAAGAAGCUGGUCCUGCCGUCGCUGCACCGCGUCUCGUCGUCCGGAUCCCUGCGCCGCGCGUCGACCGACUCGCGCUCCCUGUCGCGCGUACGCAACACCAACGCGUCCACCACGUCGGUCAACUCUCAGGGGAACCUCAAGCCCAGCGGUGCCGGUGGUGCCGGGGGUGUUCGCAGCGCCACUGGGUCCCCUGCCGGGCCAUCGUCGUCUUUGGGCAAAAGGAGAGGCCUACCCUCGCCGGACCCUACUUUUGACCUCAUGACGGCACGACAGUUGUGCACAACGACAGACGCUGCACUACACGGCAUGACAGAGAAGGAGCUGCACGAGCACUUGGCGAGACUGCAGGCUCUGGAAGUGACGGCGAAGGAAGUACUAGAGUACUGGCAGAAGCGGACAGACGAGAAAAUUGGUGACAAGGAGGCGUUUGAGGGCGUUAUAGAAAACCUAGUCAAGCACGCGCGGAAAGUAAGAAAGUAG